GCGCGCUGGCCCUUCCUGGGGUGCUGAACGUCCCCGAGCCGCCUCCUUGCAUCCCCGCUCGAAGGAAGCCCGGCGGCACGGAACGAGGCAGCCGGGAACGCCGCCCGACCCUCCGGAGCCUCGCAGGGGCUGGAGCCGCGUGCCCUCCGAGCCAUGCGACCCGCCAGCAAGCUGCUGAACGUGCUUUUCCUGCUCCUGAUGGGCGCCAGACUCACCCAAGUGCUGCCCACCAACCCGGAGGAAAGCUGGCAGGUGUACAGUUCUGCUCAGGACAGCGAAGGCCGGUGUAUAUGCACAGUUGUGGCGCCUCAACAGACCAUGUGCUCCCGUGAUGCCCGGACAAAGCAGCUGCGGCAGCUAUUAGAAAAGGUACAGAACAUGUCCCAGUCAAUAGAGGUCUUGGACAGGCGGACCCAGCGAGACCUGCAGUAUGUCGAGAAGAUGGAGAACCAGAUGCGAGGGCUGGAGUCUAAGUUCAAGCAAGUGGAAGAAAGCCACAAACAGCACCUGGCCAGGCAGUUCAAGGCGAUAAAAGCGAAAAUGGAGGAACUUAGGCCUUUGAUCCCAGUGUUGGAGGAGUACAAAGCCGAUGCCAAAUUGGUUUUGCAGUUUAAAGAGGAAGUCCAGAAUCUGACGUCAGUUCUUAACGAGCUCCAGGAGGAGAUUGGCGCGUAUGACUACGAAGAGCUCCAGAGCAGAGUGUCAAACCUGGAAGAGAGGCUCCGGGCUUGCAUGCAAAAAUUAGCCUGUGGGAAGUUGACAGCAAUAAGUGAUCCGAUAACAGUAAAAACGUCUGGCUCGAGGUUUGGUUCGUGGAUGACCGACCCGUUGGCUCCAGAAGGCGAAAGCAAGGUCUGGUACAUGGACAGCUACCACAACAACCGCUUUGUCCGGGAGUAUAAGUCCAUGACUGACUUCAUGAACACAGACAACUUCACCUCCCACCGCCUCCCUCACCCCUGGUCUGGGACAGGCCAGGUGGUCUACAACGGCUCAAUCUAUUUCAACAAGUACCAAAGCCACAUCAUCAUCAAGUUCGACCUGAAGACGGAAACCAUCCUCAAGACGCGCAGCCUGGACUACGCGGGGUACAACAACGUCUACCACUACGCCUGGGGGGGCCACUCGGACAUCGACCUCAUGGUGGACGAGAGCGGGCUCUGGGCUGUGUACGCCACCAACCAGAACGCAGGGAACAUCGUGAUCAGCCGGCUGGACCCCAACACCCUGCAGAGCAUCCAGACCUGGAACACGAGCUACCCCAAGCGCAGCGCCGGGGAGGGCUUCAUCAUCUGCGGCACUUUGUACGUCACCAAUGGCUACUCGGGAGGGACCAAGGUGACGUACGCCUAUCAGACCAACACCUCCACUUACGAAUAUAUAGAUAUCCCCUUCCUAAACAAAUACUCCCAUAUUUCCAUGUUGGACUACAACCCCAAAGACAGAGCUCUGUAUGCAUGGAACAACGGCCAUCAAAUACUCUACAACGUCACCCUCUUCCACGUGGUCCGAUCCGACGAAUUGUAGCCUGCCUUUGCCAGGGGAAGGAACUGAAUGUUGAACACACGCGCGUACACGCACACUCACCAACCCCAGAAUCAUGCAUAAUAUGGAAAUACAUUUUAAACGGUAGGAAGGUGGGGGUCGCAACAGAGAGCAGCUGCCAACAGGUAGACGUGAGAGGCUGAGCCAAGAUGUACAGCCUGCAAGAUCCGCGCCUUACCUCUCAGACCUUGACUGGAGCUCAGGCUCAUGGUUACAGCCAACAGGAAACGAAACCCAACCACCCCCAUCGGCAGCUGGAACUGCACUUUCUGUUCUUGUUUCUUCAGGCUGUGAGGGGCAGCCCUUGAUUUAAGUUUUCCUUAUGUUUCAAUAGCAAACUUGUAGUUACUAAAGUACAGUGUAAAGGCAAUGACUGUUGGACAUUUAUCAUUGGGACCGGGUGUGGCGGCGACACAGGAUUCCCUUUCCUCCCCCGCCUUUUUGGUGUUUUGCAUGGGCAUUUUUCUUCAUCACCACAAACUGCAGUGGGCAUAUGGGUUGUAAUAAAAAUAUGGCGUAGGUUCAUGUUGGUGGGGUCUGAUUUUUAUUAUUUUUAAGGAAGGUUGUAGGUGAAGAUUUUAUUCCAUUACAGCUAAUUCUUGGUCCCUUCCUUCCUUCCUUCCAUCCUUCCUUCCUUCCUUCCUCUCUCUCUCUCCCUCUCCCGCUGUUUUUCUCUGUGUUUUAUGUCACCUUUAGAUGAACUGUUUUGAGACCCAAAGUAGCUCUGGAUCUGUGUCUUUAGUAGCUAUAAAAUUUAAAAAAAACACACACAAAAAGAAGAAAAAAAUGGUAUGUACUAUGGACAAGUCGUUGUACCCAAAUAUUUGUUAGAACAUGUAUCCAGCCAAUUAUCUUGUACACUGUAUGUCUGUUAUUAACCAGAGGUGGAAAAAAAUCCCUUUGUAUGUCCAAGUUUAUGCAAUGAAUGUUGUAAAUGCAACUGAUGUCAUUUCAGUUAA